AUGAUGACCCUGAUGACAGACGUCGGGGGUUAUGCGUACGACAGUCGAGCUUCUUAUGACGGAUACCACUCGCAUCGUAGGCAUUUUUACAAUAAUCCGGACAAUGAGUUCUUGCAGGGCUAUGUACCUGUCAGAAAUGAUGACCGUAAUAGUCACCAUACGAGAACAAGAAGUGCCGACAACUCCGACGAUGCCUCGUCAGUGGUGUCAGCCGAUGCGUCAGCAGAUCCCGAAUCGGCUUCGGCAGAUGGCGAUGAAACUAACGAAAGUGAGCAGGGUAUUGAACAUGUACCACAUCCCCAUGUAUUAGACGCGACUUCACCCCACGGCGCCCGGAGAUGUCUUCUGUGGGCGUGUAAGGCUUGUAAGAAAAAAACUGUUACUGUUGACAGGAGGAGAGCCGCCACAUUACGCGAGAGAAGGCGCUUGAGAAAGGUUAAUGAAGCCUUUGAAGUGCUAAAAAGACGCACAAGUAACAAUCCAAACCAACGACUACCUAAAGUUGAAAUAUUAAGAAACGCGAUUGAAUACAUUGAAAGCUUAGAAGCUCUUCUUCAAGGAAACCGGCCAUCAGGAAACUCGGCGAGUCACGUCGCUACGGAUAAUAUGAUUUAG